CCCGCCCACGGCGAUAGCAAGUUUUCCGCAGUAUCACCUACAAACUGGGCACUCGGGACAAUUUAAACAAUCAAAUCACUGCCCUCACUCCACCAUGGCCUCCUCCUCCUCAUCAGUUGGAGAUAAUCAACUGCAGAGGAUAAUCAGAGAUCUCCAUGACGCUGUGUUAGAGUUGAGUAAAGAGCACAAGGAGUGUGGUGAGCCUGUGACCGAUGACAGCGCCAACCUGCACAAGUUCUUCUACAAAUUAGAAUACCUGCUACAGUUUGACCAGAAAGAGAAGACAACCUUUCUUGGUCAAAGAAAAGACUACUGGGAUUACUUCUGUGACUGCCUGAUUAAGAUCAAGGGAGCUAACGACGGCAUCCGUUUUGUAAAGUCCAUCCCUGAGCUGAAGACAUCACUGGGGAAAGGAAGGGCCUUCAUCCGCUACUCACUUGUUCACCAGCGACUUGCCGACACGCUGCAGCAGUGUCUAAUUAACCAUAAGGUCACAAGUGACUGGUAUUAUGCCAGAAGUCCGUUUCUCAAGUCUCACCUCACUGCAGACAUAAUCAACCAUCUUUAUGAGCUCAACCAGAUCCAAUUUGAUGUGGCAGCCAGAGGUUACGACCUCGACGCAGACUGGCCAAGCUUUGCAAGGCGAACAUUAGGCACUGCCUCGUCAGCGUUCCUGUGGAGGCCUCCCAGCCGCUGCUCCAGUGUCAACAGUCUUGUUAGCGGCUACUCACACACACAGGCGCCUGAGUUUCUCCCGAUCCCAGACCUGAAUCAUAGUCUCCUUGGUGAAAUAGGUGAAUUGGGGGAACCUUCUCCAUGUAGCAUCGCAGAGAACCUCCGCAUUGAGCUCGACCAGUCCGAGCUCAGACAGCAAGAGCUUCUUGUACGUGUUCAGGAGUUAGGCAAAGAGGCUGAUGAGUUAAAAGGAGUUGUUAAAGACCUUCAAGGCAAACUAUUAGAAGCUCAUGAGUCCUCUGGGCAAUCCGUGUCUACAGCGGCCCAAAUAAAAGCUGAAUCAAAUCAUCUGGAGAAAGCAAAUGAUGUUCAAACCUGCAGGGAAGAUAUAAAAAAGGAACUUCAAGACAGACUCACGGCAGCUGAGAACAAAAAUAUGGAGCUUCUGUCCAAGUUGGAUGAGGCUCUGAAUGAAAAGGGACAACAAACAGCUAGCUACUGCGACUCAGCCUGGAAAAUCCAGGAACUCCUGGAUAAACUCAAGACAGCAGAGGAGGAGAGGUUUGAGGCAAAGAGAGAGGCGGAGGACAGGGCCAGGCACGCUGAGCGUCUGUCCCAGGAGCUUAAGCUCAGACAGGAAGAGUUGAAGGGAAGUGAGGAGAAGCUGGCUGAAGUAAAAGCCGGCGCUCAUGACGAACGAGAGAAGGCGCUCAAGCGCUUGGAGGAUCUUCAAAGUGCAGUCGGUAGAAUUCAGGGGGCGCUGACUUUGAAGGAGAAGGAGUCGGGGAACUUGCGAGCUCAGCUUCAGGAUCUACAAGCGUCACUGGAGUGCAGAGAGCGGCAGGCAGAGGAGCUGAGGAAAAGACUGCACGAGGAGAGGGAGGAGGUGGAGCAGAGAUGUAGCAGGAGCAGUUUCCAGAAAGAGGAACUCGAGAGCCAGAUACUAGAUGUAAGAAUAACUCUGAAAAGCAGAGACAAAGAGCUAGCCGCUAGUUCAGAAAGAAUCAAACAUCUAGAGGAGCAGUUGGAGAAGCUAAAUGUUGAGAAGGAAAGCCUGAGCUCUAGACUUUCUGAUAAUGAAGAGUCCUCCUGUGAUCAAACUGAAAACCUUGAGGACUUCAAUACCCAAUGUAGCAACCUCAAGGAAAUGAAUGCUACACUGCUCCAAACAGUUAAGCAGAGCGAGGGAAGCAUUACAGAAUUGACUGAGAGCAGAGCGGUCUUGUUAGACCAGCUAGCAUCUUUGAGGGCCUCUGAGAAACACUUAAAAGGGAGAGUUGAGGCUGCAAAGAUGUGUGUGGAAGAUCGAGAGAAGAAGCUUCUGGAUGAAAACCUUCAUCUUGAGGAGAUUGUCCAGAAACAACUCUGCCAAAAGGACAUAUGUGAUGCUCAAUUCAAGAAGCUCGAGCAGGAGAAUAAGGAGCUUCUUCAGUUACAUUCAGCAUUGAAGAUACAGUUAGCCACAACUCAACAGGAAUUCAACUCAGUCACUGCCAAAGCUGCACAGUUGGACAAGAACCUUGUAGUGUCCCAAAGAAGCCAAGGGGAGUUGCUCGAAAAACUUCAGGAAACUGAGUGUAAAGUGAGAGAGCAGGCUGUUAAAUGUGGACUUCUGCAAGCUAGAGCCGAGGAGCUGGAGAACAGGUCUGUGGAGCUACACGAUGAAAAAGGAGCUGCCGAGAGCAACGAAAAGACGCAGAAGCAUCAUGAUGAGCAUCAGACCUCUUCGCUGGAAACCAAAGAGGCCCCGUUCCGGCUGGUUAUAGCUGAGGCUCAACUGGAGCUCAAUCUGAGGGAGGUGCAUCGGCUUCAGGAGGAGGUAGUGGAGCUCAGGGCUCAGCUUUUAGCAAGAAGUGAGGAGAGGCUGAAGGUUCAGGCGCUGCAGGAGGUGACAGAGUCCUCCAGAGAAGACCUCCGGGUGUUAUCAGAACAACUCAAAGUCCAGGUGGAGGAGCUAAACCGCAAGCACGUGGAUGAGAUUCUUCGUUCCAGAGAGCGAGAGGAGGCUCUCAUACGGGAGCGUGACGUUGAGGCUCAGGCUCGAGUGGGACUGGCUGCAGAGGUGACAGCCUCCAGAGAUGAGCUCAAUAAAUGGAAGAUGCGUUAUGAAGCCCUGUGUCUGGAGAACAGCGAAUCUAGAGAGGCGCUGCACAGAGCAAAUACAGAAACAGCUGAACUCGGCGUGCACGUGUGUAUGCUCACUGCCGAGAAUGAAGAGGCUCGUCUGCGCUGGGAGGGUUUGUCAACAAGGCUGCAGGAUCUGGAGGAGGAAGCCGCCAAGGAGCCAGAGAGGUUGAAUUCUUGCAUGGAGCAGCUACGCCAGGAGAACCAGCAACUCCUUGAUCAGCUCCACAGCGAGAAGGGUUUGUUAGCAGUGAAGCAGGAGCUGAGUCUGGCCCAGCAGGAAGCUGGAGCUGUGCAGAGGACGAGCCAGGAGGAGAUUCAGGCACUCCGCUUCCAGCUCAGCAGCCAAGCCAUGAACCACGGCAGCCAGCUGCAGACUGUGGAUAAAGAGUUACAGGAAGUGAAGUCACAGCUCACGACUGAACAGGAGGGAGUGGUUGACCUGAAGAACAAAGUCAAAAUGUUAGAGGCUGAGAAUCAGAGAUAUUGCCAACAGAUUGAGGAGAAAAACAUCCAGAUGGCCGAGUCUGAAAAUCUCAUCCAGCAGAAAGACGACGAGAUAAUCCAUCUGAAAGGGAAUUUAUCAAGGUCUGAUGAAGGUCUUGCAGCAGCUCAGAAAACCUGUCAAGAGAUGUGUGAAAAUCUUCGGAGAGCCACGCAGGACAAACAGAGCUUUGAUUUGAAGACAGCUGCUGAACUUGAUGAUCUUUAUCGCACCAAAAUCAAUCUGGAGGAAAGGCUUGUAGAACUCAUUAGGGAGAAAGACGCACUGUGGCAGAGGACAGACGCCCUGGAGUUUGAGCAGAAACUACGGGACGAGGAGACAGAGCGGGAUGUCAACUACUGUGUGGGCUGUCACACUCAGUUCAGCUGGUGGCUGCGCAAGUACAGCUGCAGACUGUGUGGGCGUCCCUUCUGCUACUACUGCUGCAGCAACACAGUGAGCACCCAGCAGGGCGGCAACAGAGAGCGCUGCUGCAGGGACUGUUAUAACCAGCACAGCGCGGUGGUCGAGCGCCACCCACAGGAAGAAUUGACUACCAGCACACCAGGGACGCCUUUCCGUCGUUUGCUGCAGGCUGGCAGAUCUGUGGCCAGUGUGUCAGGAGCAGAUGAAGGGGGUAAGCAGGAUGAUGGUGUUUUUGACAUCAUCACAGAUGAGGAAGUGAGCGGGGUCUACAACAGUGAACUCUCUUUUGCCACUGCCUGCUCUCCUGAACACGGACAGCAGGGGGCAGCACAGCUAAGCAACAGUGCCAGUGCAGGAGACCUCACGCCAGAUGAAACUGAAGACCUCAUUGCUCAGGACGCGGAGAUCUGCCUGCUGAAGUCUGGAGAUCUCACACUCUCUGUCCACUUCACUGUGGAUGAAAUCUCAGGGUUUGGAGACAGCUCCCGAGAGCUAUUCAUCAAGUCCAGCUGCUACAGCACCAUUCCCAUCACCGUGAGCGGUCCCGGUCCUAUUGUCAGCUGGACGUUUACCUCUGAACCCAAGAGAAUCUCCUUCAGCGUGGUCUACAGAGAGAGCGCAGAGACCCCGCUGGAGCAGGCCAAGGUUUUGAUCCCACUGACUCGCUGCCACUCCCACAAAGAGACAAUCCAGGGGGAACUGAAAGUCAGAAAUGCCGGAGAAUACACACUCAUCUUUGAUAACUCCUUCUCCAGGUUCAUCUCAAAGAAAGUGCAGUAUCAUCUGAGUCUAGACAAGCCUGUGGUCUACGAUGGAACAGACCUCCUCUGAACAUGACAGGGAGCUGAAGGAGGAGCAGGUGGAAAAGUGACUCUUGAACUCUUUAAGGUCAUGAUGAUAAUUUCAAGGUAACCAUGCGCUGGUAUUGGGGGACAGUUAGCAGCCUCAGUGAAAGGUUGUGGCAUUUUAAAGAUGUCUCUCUAAGAUGUGUGACUCAGCAGAAUAAAACCCAACAGGUUGAAAACAAUGAAGGAAAAAAACAACUUUACACUAUUGAAUGUGCACUACCAUUUAAUGAACGUUUGAUGAUGCAUUAGUUACAGGUUGCAUUAGGCGAAUCAAACUCCUGGCUGGAAGUUUGUUGCACAUUUGUGUGUGUGUGUGUGUGUGUGUGUGUGUGUGUGUGUGUGUGUGUGUGUGUGUGUGUGUGCGCGUGCGUGCCUGCCUGCCUGUGUUUAUGUGUGCUUGUGAAAACAGGUUUUCUUGGUCCCUGACAAGGCACUAAGAAAACCUGGCAAUUUUGUUUUUAUUACAUCCUUUGCACACUAUAUUUUUACUGUAGACCGCAAUUGUUUGACAAGUCUCACAUUUUUUAUUACUUUGUUUGUCUUCUAAAGUACAGUCUGUCUCAAAUAAGAGCUAAGUUUCUCUCUACGUUGUGGAGCACAGAGAUCCGGUUCAAACCCACUUUUACUGUAUGUUUGGUCUUAUUUUGUGAUUUCAAAAUUUUACCAACAUCAUAAAAAAUGAUUAAUUGAACUGUAGAGAGAUGUCUGUGUUUGACAUAACAAGGGCAUCAAACAUUUUGAAAAACCAUGAUGCUU